CAAUAGUUGCAAACACUUCAUGUCAUUUGAAGUCCGAUGUCAUCUGAAACAUGUCUUCUGCAGGCUCCAGUCAAUCCUCCCAGCGUGGACUUAUACUCCUCAUAGCAGUGUUACUGCAAUGUGUUUUUGUUGCUGUCACAUAUGUUUACUUCACAAAUGAACUAAAACAGCUACGGGAAAACGACAUAAAAAACAACAUUGCCUGCUUGAUUGGAGACAAUAUGGGAAAUAUCUUCCAGCCUGUUGAUUUCAAAAAUAUUGACACUACGGACCCAUGCUGGGGAGUAAGGUAUCAACUUCAGACUUUAAUCAAAAAGAUUGUGGCAAAACAGUACAAGCCAGAGAUGCCAGAACAAGGUAAACUUUUGGAAAUACCGAUGCAUGAAAUUAGCGGAAAUCCAAGCCAAAUAACAGCUGCACACGUAACCGGAACUAGGAGUAAAACUUCACAACCAGCAGAAAGGUCAUUGGCAAACAGGUAUGUGGGACAGAAAAUAGCAGAAUGGAAAUCUUAUAAGCAACCCUCCUUCUUGACCAAUAUUGAAAUCAAUAAUGGAGAGUUAGUGAUUAAAAAGAGUGGCUUUUAUUACAUUUAUUCUCAGACUUAUUUUCGACAACAGGACAAUACAGACACAGAGAAAGGUAUAGGAACAGAACUAAUUCAGUAUAUAUAUAAAGUUUCAAACUACCCAAAUCCUAUUCUUCUGAUGAAAAACAUAAAGACUGCUUGCUGGUCCAAAAACGCAGAAUAUGCACUCAAUUCAAUUUACCAGGGCGGAGUUUACAAAUUUAAUGAAAACGACCGAAUAUUUGUUGCAGUAAGUGAUUUCAGUCUUGUUGACAUGGAUGAACAGGGAACCUAUUUUGGAGCUUUCUUGCUGUUCUAAACUCCAAACAAGAGCUUUUGAGGACUGUCAAAAGAAUACUGUAAAACACCAACGUUCUACAUUCGCGGAACGCGGUUAAAUUCAUUAACAAGCAUAGCAAGCUUUGAAAUAGAAAAUUCAAAUGUAAGUGAUUGCCUGUACUCAAAUUGAAGUAAGCAAAGGAUUUGCCAUGCCACAAUCUUUGCGGUGCACAGUGCUAGGCAUUCACAGAUGUACCAAACCAAAUUCAACACUUGGAAAAACAUUCCCUUGAAGCCAUAGCAGGACCAGUAAACAUAUUUUAGGAGAAGAUAUAGCAGGAAGCCUUGUUGAUUAUAGAACAAUGAGGCAGACUGCUGCAUAAAUUGGGUAAACUAAAUCCAUUUAUUAUUUUACUCCUACAAGAUUUGGUUAUUAAAUAAGGAGUUGGUCUGUAGAGAAAAGCCAAAUGUUAUCUUCUAGUAGGAGAACACACUAUAUUGCAGCCAAAAGGUACACUACCCACUAAAACCAGUUGUUGGGUCCCACUAAUGCUGAGUACACAUUACUAUUUUAUGGUGUCCACGUUGUUAAUGUUUAGGGAAGGAAUGGGUCAUGUGCAGUGGUACAAGCCACAGGAUAUAAACAUUCAAAUGAACACAGCUAUUAAAAAUUUGGCAAAUUCUUAUUGUUGUAGUACAGGGAAAGAGAGAAAUGUAUGCUUAAAAUAAGUUUUACGGUAAGUGCCUGUAUAAAACCUGUCUGUAAGUCGCUGUGAAUGUCAAAAAAGAUGUUGCUCCCAUCCUAAGUGGAGCUUCCCGAGAACAUUUCUUUGAAAUGAUAAUAUUCAGCUUAUAUUAAGCUAUGUGUGAAAAUAUGUAAAUAUUGUUCUCUGUACAGUUACACAGAUCAAUAUGUCUGAUUGCUUUCAAUCGGUUGGUCAUUAAGGGGUUUGUGUUAUUUUGUUUUGGAAAGAUUGUACAGUGAUACGGUAAUGGAUUGAAGAGAAAGUAGAAGAACAAUACAUCUAUAUUGUACUUUUUUACAAAUCAUAUAUUUUUUUAUAAAUUUAAAACAAUUACAAAUAACUUGAACUUGAUGCAUUUUAAAACAAUAAACACACCAUUGAACACACCAUUGAUCCACAGGCUAAUAUAUCACUGGAUGUAUGUUUAGUUUAAAUACAUCAUCUAUAUUGCAUACUGCACAAUAGAAAUGGACAUUUGAAACACUAACAGUAAUAGUUUAAUUUCUAUAUAUACAUAUAAAUGUAGCACAUGGCUAUUAUAUUUCCUACAAUGCAUAUAGGCUAUGUAUAAUUAUUCUCACUUCAUCACAUAACAAGUAAUAACACAUGAUCUCAAUAUUGUCAUAAAAUCCAUGCAUUAGGUUUAAAGUAUUGUAAAAUCACAUUGUAUUUUCUUAUCACUUUUAUGUCUCUAAUAAAGGUAUUGCCUUGUCUAGACUGACUGCAGUGACUUAA